GGUCGCACACACUCACACACACACACACACUUCCCUCUGCCUCUCACUUUCAACGACGUGUAAGCCAUCGGGCAAGUUGUCCGCAACAUGGCCACGUCUAAUGUUAGUUGUCUGAAGGUCUUCCUAGAGUCGUCUCUGAACGACAUCUUUAGGGCCACAGUGUGUGAUAUCCUUGACUCGGUGGACCGGACCCUGUCCGAGUAUCAGGGGACAAUACGGAGGAUCGAGUCUGAAAACGAGGGCCUGAAGGCUCUGCUGUUUGCACAGAAGAACACCGAGUCUGCCGUAAGAGAUAUUUGUGACCAAGAUGCGAAUGAAAAUCUUUCAACUUCAUCAUGGAGCAAUUGCCCCAUCAACUCCACUGAGGGCACGUUCAAGAGGUCCAUAUGCAGCAGCGACAAGAAGAGCUUCCGGAGGAGGCAGAAAGACAAGAUGAGGGAUCGCGUAUCCUCUUCGCCGUUUUCACUGCAGACUGAUCAAAUGCUAGUAAUGCCAUGUGUGAACACAGAAGAGGUGAGCACGUCCACCCAAAACUGGAUAUCGGUAAAAGUAGAGCCAGAGCUGCAUGGCAGCCAUGCCAUUGACCUUUCCCAGCCUUUGCCCCUUCUCAAUCUGACAAUGAGGCCAGCGAAAGACGAGACCACAGAGGUCAGUUGUUGUGAAUCCAGGUUGGGCCCUGGACAAGUUAAAGUGACCGCUCUUUCUGGCACUCGCGUGGAGGAAGGGCAGCUCAUUAAGACGGAGGAAGAGGAGCAGUACGGCGACAAUGUCUGUAAGCAGGAGUUGCAGCAUGCGUUGAGCUGCUACCCUGAAUCGGAAACAGACCUCGGGGUACCAAGCAGUCCGCCUGCGGUGCCGGAAGUAGCGGCACUUGAAGAAAACGCCGUUGCUCCCGCGGACGAGUCUUUGGAGAUUCACGACAACUUCUUGCGCUGCACCACCUGUCCCAAAACCUUCAGUCAAGCGUCCUCGCUAAACAUCCACAUCAAGGCGCACAGCAGCGAAAAGGCCCACAGCUGCAGCUACUGCGGCAAACGCUUCGGCCGGGCCGAUCUCCUCAAGUCCCACAGGCGCACCCACACAGGCGAGCGGCCCUACAGCUGCAACCUUUGCAGCAAGACGUACGCCCACCCCAGUCAGCUCAGGAUACACAAGCGGGUCCACACGGGAGAAAAGCCCUACUCCUGCUCGCACUGCGCGAAGCGCUUCAACGAGCACAACCAGCUCAAAGUCCACUUGCGGACUCACACGGGGGAGAGGCCGUACAGCUGCCAGGAGUGCGGCAAAACCUUCAGCAACGCGGGCAACCUACGCAUACACAAGAGGAUCCACACCGGGGAGAAGCCCUACUGCUGCGCCCAGUGCGGCAAGAGGUUCAACGGCCUGGGCGACCUCAAAACCCACUACAGGAUUCACACCGGCGAGAGGCCCUACUGCUGCGAGCUGUGUAAGAAGACCUUCAGCCAGGCGGGGCACCUCACCAUACACAUGCGGAUGCACACGGGGGAAAGGCCGUACAGCUGCAAAGAGUGCGGCAAGAAGUUCACGGUGGCCAGCAGCCUCAAACUGCACCAGAGGACUCACACGGGCGAGAAGGGUUACAGCUGCUCGCACUGCAGCAAGAGCUUCAGCAGGUCGGGUCACCUGAAGAGACACGAGCUGGUCCACACCAAAGAGAAGGUCUUCGUCUGCAGCCAGUGCGCGAAGUCCUACACGGACCUGUCCUCCCUGAAGAAGCACCAGAAGACUCACAGUGCCAUGGAGCAGAAUGCACUGAGCGAGGGAAGCACCAGCGAGGAGGACACGAACCGGCCUUCUGCCUCGGAGACUCUGUUAGACACGGAUAGGAGUUAGAACCAGGCUCUUAGCAGAUGAGAGGAAAAAAACAACGAAACAAAGAAUCUUCAGCUUUUUCAGAUAGACAUCUAUCAGACAACAUCAGCAGGGUAUUACUAUAAUCAAUGCUUAUGUGGUCUUUGGUUGAAAUCUCCAGAAAAAGCUAUAAUGUGUAGCUUGAGGUUAGAUUUUUUCUAUUGUACUGCUGGCCCAGAGGUCGAAAUUGUGCCGUCAGCCUCUAAACUGUUAGUGAUGUUUGUGGUAAAAGGCAAUUCUGUGUUUUCUCAUCAUUGAUGUGAUUCAGUAGGUCCAAGUUUUUCACUUUCGUGUUGUCUUAACUCGCACUACACGGCGUACAGAGACAGAAUGCAGGACCCUAAAAGAACUGUUGUUCUUUUAUAGAUACUGAAUGUUAACAAGUAAUGUUAGUAAUGUAGAAAUGCUUUAACGGAAAAGUUAUUGUAAGCAGUGACGAUGAAUGAUUUGUCUUUCCUGCUGUAGCCAGACACUUAAAGUGUCAUUAAAAACAUGAUGAUACAUUAGGUGAUUAUUAGAAAUGAUUAAUAUAUUGCUGUACAUAGCUCUAACAAUACGGUCAGCGGUCGAAUGGAUUUAUAUAACGUUACUGUUAUUAAUUUUACUGCAAAUGUUCUGUAUUGAUUGAGCAGUGUUCUAUAUUCAUCAAGUAAUUAUUUUUAAAGCUCUGCUGACGAGAAAGAGCAUAGAGAGGAUCUGUUUUUAGGUUAUCCACUGUUCUACCAGGAAACGGACACAAGUCAAAUGUUCAUGUUGAUAGGGCCACUGUUUGUUGUGGCAACUCGUUAAUAUACCUGCACAGCGUGUAUGUUAAGCUGAGUGUUUAUAGUUUAUUGUGACUGACUGCAAUCUCUGACCAAAUUAAAUAGAAAAC